AUGUCUUCACCCAAUUUUCUCGAGUCCUCGCCUGUAUCAUUGAGCUCACAGCGUCGCCGCAAGUCCGCCUUCACAUACCGACAGCUAGCUCAGCUCGCCGCCUCUGCCACAUCAUGCCCUCUACGCGUCAUCGCCCACAUCGAUCUCGAUGCCUUCUACGCUCAGUGUGAGAUGGUCCGCCUGGAUAUCCCUCCGGAUAAGCCGCUUGCCGUUCAACAGUGGCAAGGUCUCAUCGCAAUCAACUAUCCGGCACGAGCUUUCGGCCUCAAUCGACAUGUUACAAUCACCGAGGCAAUUAAGCAAUGUCCAGAUCUGAUUAUGCAACAUGUAGCGACAUGGAAAGAAGGAGACGAGAAAUGGGCAUAUCAUGAAGAUUCUUUCAGGAACAUGGCUACACACAAGGUCAGUCUGGACCCAUACAGGCUGGAGAGCAGAAGGAUCUUAGCUUGCAUCAAGGACCAUCUUCCAGCCGCUCCAAUAUCCAAGGUGGAGAAGGCCAGCAUUGAUGAAGUCUUUUUGGAUUUAUCUACCCACGUACAUGGCAUCAUGCUCGAGAGAUUUCCAGAGUUGAAGGGACCACCACCAUAUGACGAUCCUACGGAACAGCUACCAAGACCGCCUACUACCGCUCUCGAGUGGGACACGGAUGCCUUGGUCGACUUGGACUCUACAGAAACAGAAGACGAUGACCCUGACUGGGACGAUGUUGCUAUGGUCAUCGCUUCCGAGAUCGUGCGAGGUGUUCGAGCCAAGAUUUACGAAGUGUUGAAAUACACUUGUUCAGCCGGAGUUGCACGAAACAAAAUGCUCGCAAAACUCGGCUCUGCCCACAAAAAGCCAAAUCAACAGACUAUCAUUCGUAAUCGCGCUGUACAUCACUUCUUGAGCGACUUCAAGUUUACCAAGAUCAGAAAUCUGGGCGGCAAGCUCGGCGAUGAAAUUGUCGCAGCGUUCAGUACCGACACCGUCAAGGAUUUGCUUGAGGUUCCCGUCGAGCAGCUGAAAAAGAAAAUAGGUGACGAUACUGGUACAUGGCUCUACAGCAUCAUCCGUGGAGAGGACCACAGUGAAGUCAACCCGCGAACUCAGAUAAAAUCAAUGCUCAGCGCGAAGUCCUUCCGACCUUCUAUCAAUGCUUUGGAUUCAGCUGUAAGGUGGAUCCGUAUCUUUGUCGCUGAUAUCUUCUCGCGGCUUGUUGAAGAAGGUGUCUUGGAGAACAAGAGAAGGCCAAAGACACUGAAUUUGUAUCACAGACAAGGCGCACAAACCAGGAGUAAGUCGGCUUCCAUACCCAUGGGAAGGACUAUGGAUGAGACUCUACUGUUUGACAUAGCCAAGGGACUGCUUGCGCAAGUCAUUGCAGAAGGAAGAGCAUGGCCGUGUGCAAAUCUAUCGUUGAGUGUUAGCGGCUUUGAAGAGGGUGUGACUGGAAACAAAGGGAUUGGCGGGUUUCUGCUGAGAGGAGACGAAGCAAAAGCAAUAUCAGCUGCUCUCAGAGAGCCAUCAGAAACGCGGAACCCAGAGACACCCCCUCCAAACAAACGAAGACGGGUCGAGGAAAGUGGUAUACAGCGGUUUUUCGGAGCUAGGCAUGAAAGCUCGGGUGGUAUUUCAGAAAGAGAGGAGCAAGACAACGGUAUGGGAGAUGAGACAGGAGAAGCUCAAAGCCCCUUUGAUGUCCCUCCAUCCGCUCAGGGAGCUUCAGCCGACAUGUUCAAAUCACAUGAAGAGGAGCAAGCCGAGCAUCCAGACCACGACACUAGUCGCUAUACCUGCCCUCGAUGUAAUAGCUCUUUACUGGUCACGGAACAAGGCGAGCAUGACGACUGGCACUUUGCCAAGGACCUUGCGGCUGACCUCGCAGCGGAGGAGAGAGCGAAUGCAGCAGGGCAAGAACAAAGUCGUCCUCCAAGUACGAGUACGAAACCGUCCACCCAACCCAAGAGCAAAGGGCGAGGAAGACCUCCGAAUGUAGUAAAGGCGGAGAAAGGGCAGAAGAAGUUGCAGUUUGGUUAA